UCUUCCGCGAAUUGACGAAUCAUGAGUGUGCGUGAGCGUAUCGCGCAUGGGGCCUAUGAAUUCUGAACUCCUCAUGCCUGCCCUGCCUGCCGCCAGGGGCUUUCGAAAACCCAUGCUGCAUGCACGCAGACGACAGACAUAAUUAGCGCCGGGCAGAGUUCAGAUGAUCAUGCCUGUCUCCUGCCCGUGCCGGCGCUGUCUCGCUUUCCAUUCUCCCACAUUGCCUUCUCUCUAGGAUAGGAACUACUACUGCACAGUAGUGCAGUGCAAGUAGUUCAUAAAGCUUGAGCUCUAGUCCCAGUAGCGGCAACAAGCACUUGCACCCUUUAAGAUCGCCCCUGCAAGCUCACACACUGCUCUCAGCACAGGCUGACACGAGGAGCUCAAGUCGAAGUUGUAGCUAGCGAGAAGCCAAGAAGCCAGUCAUGGGAUGGGGAAGCAGGAAACAGCAGCACGGGACGCCGCAACGCGCAUUGGGGCUAGGAGGAGAGAUCGGCGAACGCAAGGGCGGUGGCAAGAGCAAGGCCUUCUCCUUCUCCUUCUUGCCGCUUUCGUGGCUCUCCAAGCUCGCCACGAAGCCCAAGCGCGCGCCCGCGUCCACGCACGAGGGCCGCGGAGGCGCUGGCGCUGACGCCCCCCCGCCGUUCAAGUCGGGCCUUCCGGAGCGCGCCGCCAGCCCGGCAAAGGUGGCGAUCGCGCCGGCGGGCCGGCUCAGCUCGCCCUCGCCGCGUCGCUCUCCCGCUGUUCUGCGGCGGCUCUUUGCUGGCAACGACAACGCCGACGCCGUGGCCGCGCGCGGGCGCCAUCGCCCUGCCGCAGCCGUCGCUGCCGCCGAAGAAGUCGUACCAAGGCGGCUCUCUGUUGGCAACGACAGCGCCGACGCCGUCGCCCCGCGCCGUCACUGCAGACCCCGGCGCCACUGCUCCCUCGGCGGUGACCGUGACCUCCAGGCGCCGCUCGGCAAACACAUCCCCUUCUCCCUCGCCGGCUCCCCAGCGCAGCCACCGCCUUCAGCACAGACGGCAGCGGCCGCGGCACCGUCGGACACGGACGGCGGGGGCGCUCGGCUGAGGCGUCGGCACCGUGGCCGCCGGCACCGGCGCAGCGUCAGCGGCGGCCGUAGGUCGUCGUUCUCCGGAAAGGUGACGCUGAGGGUGAAGGUGCGGUCGCCGCGGCGGUCGGCGCCGGAGCUGGAGAGCCUCGCCGUGGUGCGACGGACGCGGGACCCGCAGAGGGCGUUCAGGGAGUCGAUGUACGAGAUGAUCGCGAGCAGCGGAGGGACCGACGCCCGGCCGGAAGAGCUGGAGCGGCUGCUGGCGUGCUACCUCGCCCUCAACGCCGACGAACACCACGACUGCAUCGUCAAGGUCUUCCGCCAGGUCUGGUUCGACCAUGUCAACCUGCCGCCGCCUCGACGGGGCAGGGACCGGGAGGAACACCCCGGACGGCACGCGAGGCCGUAAAUUCUCUAACGCAAGCAGUUGCGGUAUGCAUGUACAUUACGUACGUUAUUAUGCCGGAUUUACCUUGGAA